CCGCGGCGCUGCGCGAGUGGGCGCGGAGCUCAGGCGGGAGGGGGUCGGGAAGAAGGGGGGGGGGGGGGGGGGAGACGGCGGCGGCGGCCGAGCAGCAGCGGCGGCGAGCAAGGAGCGGAGGCGAGAUGAGCGCUGGGCUCCCCCUGGGUAGAGAGCCGCCUUCUACAGCCGCCGCCUGUGAAUGAACUGAGGCGAGGCCGCCAGCCGGGUGCCCCCCCCCUACCCCCCCCCCUCCCCUUCUCCUCCUCCCCCCUCCUUCCCCUUCUCCCCCGGCCGGCCCGCCCGCCGCCGGCCCCACCGCGGACGUCCCCGCCUGCCCCCGGCCUCUCUGCCCCCCACGCACCUUCGAGAGCGCGGCCCUAACCGCCACAACCGGCGCCGUCCGCCGCGGCCGGGGGAUGUAACUAUCUGAUCAAACCCUCUGAUAAAUGCAGCUUGUACUGGAGAGAGCAGGUCUCUGAAAUACAGUUCAGGCUACAGUUGCAUCACCAAGAAGCAAGUGUUCUGAACUGAAGGAAAGUCAUCAUGGGAGCAUUUUUAGACAAGCCAAAGAUGGAGAAGCAUAAUGCCCAGGGGCAAGGGAAUGGGCUUCGUUAUGGGCUGAGUAGUAUGCAAGGCUGGCGAGUUGAAAUGGAGGAUGCACACACUGCUGUCAUUGGUUUGCCAAAUGGACUUGAUGGAUGGUCAUUUUUUGCUGUGUAUGAUGGGCACGCUGGAUCACAGGUUGCCAAGUACUGCUGUGAGCAUUUAUUGGAUCACAUCACAAGCAACCAGGAUUUUAAAGGGCCAGAUGGGCCACCAUCUGUGGAAAGUGUAAAGAGUGGCAUCAGAACAGGUUUUCUGCAAAUCGAUGAACACAUGAGAGUCAUCUCCGAGAAGAAACAUGGCGCAGACAGAAGUGGGUCAACAGCUGUGGGUGUCAUGAUUUCUCCCCAACAUACAUACUUCAUCAACUGUGGAGACUCGAGAGGGUUACUUUGUAGAAACAGGAAGGUUCACUUCUUCACACAGGAUCACAAACCAAGCAAUCCACUGGAGAAAGAGCGUAUCCAGAAUGCAGGUGGCUCUGUCAUGAUUCAGCGUGUGAAUGGCUCCCUGGCUGUUUCACGGGCACUUGGGGACUUUGAUUACAAAUGUGUCCAUGGGAAAGGUCCCACAGAACAGCUAGUCUCACCUGAGCCUGAAGUUUAUGAAAUUGAGAGAUCAGAAGAAGAUGAUCAGUUCAUCAUACUGGCUUGUGAUGGUAUCUGGGAUGUUAUGGGAAAUGAAGAGCUCUGUGACUUUGUAAGAUCCAGGCUUGAAGUCACUGACGACCUUGAGAAAGUUUGCAAUGAGAUAGUUGACACCUGCUUGUACAAGGGAAGUCGAGACAACAUGAGUGUGAUAUUGAUCUGUUUUCCGAAUGCACCAAAGGUAUCACCAGAGGCGGUGAAAAGAGAGGCAGAGUUGGACAAGUACCUGGAAAGCAGAGUAGAAGAGAUCAUAAAGAAGCAGGGUGAAGGAGUCCCAGACUUAGUCCACGUGAUGCGUACGUUAGCAACUGAGAGCAUCCCAAACCUCCCGCCGGGGGGUGAAUUGGCAAGCAAACGGAGUGUGAUUGAAGCAGUUUAUAACAGGCUGAACCCCUACAGGAAUGAUGAUACUGAUUCUGCCUCAACUGACGAUAUGUGGUAAAACUGCUCAUCUAGCUGUGGAGUUCACGUUUCAUCCUUUGAAUGAAAGUGCAGCCCAACCUCAGUGACCCUUCUUAACACCCAUCCUCAAGCUUAAUUAAAGAAGGGAAUAUGAUGUGUUGGUGAGAUUGACGACAGCAGUGUGACAUCUAGCCCCAGGAACUGAUCUUUUUUUUUUUUUGUAAAACAGACUUCUGUAAACGUGAUUUCAAACCAUAAUUCAUGUUGUAAAUCAGACUCCAGCAAUUUAUGUUGUAUGAUUUUGUUUUUGUAAAGUGCAAUUGUCUUUGUACAAAAUGCUCAUAUUUAAUUAUGAACUGCUUUAAAUCACUAUAAAGGUUAGAAGAAAUGUUUUGGCUUGUGUGAUGCAACAAUAUAUAUCCCUUUAAAUUCAUGUUGUGGUUUUGGAUUGCAAGGAGCAGCAGCCUAGCCAGCGAGGUGCUCAAGAGGUGCACAAAACUGUAAAGAUAACAUUUUGUUUUACAUGGAAGCUCAACUUGUGGGCAACUUACCAGAAAUCACGGUGUGUGAAUUUGCUUGGCAGUGGAGAAACAAUGAAGAGUAGUGCACAUUCUUCAACAAAUGUAUCUCAUUUUCUUGGAUGCACUCCUGCUCUCUCGUUGUCUUGAAGGGAGUUCUGAUUUUGGCUUCAGUGGGAGUUAAAUCAUUCCCUGUUAAUGGUAUCGUGUUCAUACCUGUACGAAUCUUGGGAUUAGAAUGCCUUGAUUCCUUGCACCUCUUUUUGCAUUAACCCUUACCUGGAACUACUAAUCACUGAGCACCAACAGGCAGCUUUCUACAUACAGUAGGAGUCUGCAGCAUUUUUACAAUCCUGAUUGGCUGGGUCUGCUGCUUUUCCAAGUAAAAUACUUCGAAUUCCAUUUUAUCAAUAAAGCUUGAUUUAACGAACGAGAAAUUUAUCCACAAAUGUGUAAUUCCUUUUUUUUUUUUUCCUGCCUUUUAAAAAUGUCAGUGCCAUUGUAAAUGAUAUUUUACUUGUGGAAGAAUAUUUUUAUUAAUUGGUAGCCCAUUUUUAAAAUGGGAAGGAUUUUGAUUAUUGCCCAAGACAUAGCCAUAUGCUAGAGGAUGGUGUGGGAUUAAUCUGUUACCCUAUUUUUUACAAGUGUGGGUUUUUCCAGGCUUCUUGUGUUUGGUUUUUUUUUCUCCCCACUGAAGAUGUGCAUUGGUUUGAAUUUGCCUACUGUUUGAUAAAAAUACAUUUGUCAAAGCCUGACAAUCUUUAACAUUUUAUGGUGUGUGUUUUUAAUUGACCCACUUACUUAGAAUGAGAGAGUAGUGGUUAAAUAGUAUUUGUGAUUUGAGAUAUAGCAUGUUGACAAUAUUUAACUGUUCGUUGUUUAAAAUUCUAAUUUAAAAUUUUAUAAGAUAAUAAACUAAUUUGAUUUAAGCUUAGCUUUCUCCCAUUGAGCAUACAAAAAUUAAGUUUUCAAGUCGUGUUUGCAAAACUGCUGUUUUGUGCACCUUGUAUUGUCUUUUUGGUUGAGAAUAUUGUAUUUAAUAUGUAGCUUACUCAUUUAGUAGGCAGAUUCCCCAAAAGGAAAAUCAGUAAAACAAGUAGAUUGUAACAUUUACUGCAGUUAAACAGAAUCAAAACUUGAUGUAUAAUUACUUUUUGAUAGGAAAAUGUAGUACAAUGCAUUUUGCUAUAUUUGUCUUUCCCUAACUUUGAAAUAUACAUAUUUGUAUAUAUAGCCUUAAAACUAAUGCAGAGUUAGGGAACACUGAACAGUGAAAAAGUAACUUAUAGUGUCUUGGAACUAAGUAUAGUAUAUACCAGCAAACUUUUCUUUGAUCCCUCUUGUCUAUGUGGGGUGCUUAAACGUAACUUCAUUGUAUUCAGUUUGUAAUCUGUUCAAGCAUGAAUGAAGAAAAACAUAAGCACUAUUUGUAUUUAUAAAUUUAUAGCAAUUUUUUGCUUAAAGAACCAGUUCCUUACCUACAUAUGAAUAAAUGCUUAAAAUGUCUAAUUUUGUUGUAGAGUGCAAAACUAUAAUAAUGUUAAGUUAUAGCUUCACAGGCACCUAAUUAACAAGCAUAUUUAAUAAUACGUGGCGUAUUAGUGCAAAAAGCUAAACUUAAUUUAGAACAAGGCAGAUAAUAGUUCUGUCCUUCUUGAGAGAGAGGCUAAAGUUUAGUUUUGGAAACUGCAAAACCUUGGACUGGACUGUGGAACCUUUGAGUUUUAAACUUUAAAAGUUGGAAACAAAACUGUGGUGUGAAAAGCCAUACUUCAAACCAUGAUCACUUAAACUUCCUCAGUGACAAGUGGUAUAUUUGAAGCCUCUUCUUACGAGGCCUCUUAAAGGUUAGAAAGAAAAUAAUUCAGCUGUUGCUGCAGGUGAUGUAAGUAGGUUUGAGGGUAGUGGAAGAAAGCCCGUUUCAGGCCUUUCUCUCCCCCACCUACGCUCAGCACAGAGCACCGAAUCUCUGAUGUAUGCAUAAACACUGCCAUUUUAGAUACAGGUUUUGAUUAUGAAAGAUACGAAUUAAGUGUAUAAAGCAUCCUAGAAAAGAGGCAAGCUGUAACUUUUCACUGCUCUGAAAAGAAAAAGGCACUUUUGCACCUUUGUGCAUCUCCUUCUUGCACCAGAAACUUUUUUUUUUAAAUGCUAAAAACAUUAGCACCUCAGGGGCAAGGCAGCAAUUUUUGUUUCUUUUCUUUUUCUUUUUCUUUUUUUUUUUUCUUUUUUUGUUUUAAGUAUUGUGUGCUAUUUAUUUCCCUCUUGGAAAAAAAGAUUCCUGUGUGACAAAAAUGAAAAUUGUGUGAUGUCAAAAGAUGUAUUUUUAAAUACAUGUUCAAAUAGGAUGGUCCCAGUUUGCUUGUUUUUAAAAGGAAGUAACGUUUGUAAAGGAAUAACUUUGCUUCGUAUGCCAUGCAACUCUGUUUUCCUUCUACAUUUGACAGCUUCACUGGCUUCAGUUUCUGUGAGUUUUGUUAUAGUCAGAUUAAAUGUUUCACUGGUCAUUUGGGGAGAAUACCUGUAUUGCUUUGUAGACAACUGUUUCAGAUAAUUCUCACUAAUUCAGCAUUGAAAUAUGUUCAAGACAGAGGCUUCCAAAACGUGCUUUAAAACCGAUGUUGGAUUAACUAAAUGCAAUUACACCAAGUAAGGUCCUAGAUUUGCAAGGCUCUGUAAAUCUGGUGUAGCAGUAGAGUCCCUGGUAAAAAUGGGGGGGCAGAAAUCUGCAGGUCCCGUGGAAGUGGUGAAGCCAAAGGCUUCUCCUUACCUAGCCAGGAGAGAGCACCACGGAGACCCUCAGGUGUGGCAUCAUUCUUGAUAAUCUUCCAGUUGAAGUCAGAAUCUAUGGGAGAAAUUUCAUCUCCUUGUCCUUAAACCAUGCUGAAUUGCACUAACCCUGGGUUGUGUCAUACUAGGAAGGUGCCUGAUGAAUAUUAAGCAGCAGAUGAGUAAUGGUGGCACUUACCUUGAUCCUUCAUGGUGCUAAAGCUAAUAAUUUUAAGAUGUACUUCCGAUAAGCUGACUUCAACAUCCAUUAAAUUGUUUAUUGCAAAGCUGGUACGGUCUCACCUGUAUAGCCUAAAACCUGAGACAUUUUGCUUAGGUGAAGAAUUGGAAGUGUUAAAAAGUUAUUAGAAAAAGAAAAGGGGGAGGGGAAGUUUUCGCUGCAAUUGAUGCCCUGAUAAGAAUCCCAUUGGAUUAAUCUGUUAUGGGAUAGGAUGGACUUCCUAUUGCAUUUCACUCUUUAGUAAUUAAUGAACUAAGGAUAUGGUUUCAUGGUCGACUUAUAUCAAGACUCAAGCUAUUGCUACAGGUUUUCCCCUACUGCCAUUUUUGUGCCAUCAGUCACCCUUAUGUGGCCAUGCAGUUAGGAGAAGAAAAAAAAUAAAGUAUCUGUACUAGUCAGCUGGGCAAGCUGAUGUUCCAGCAUCCCAGAGCUGGAUUUAGGGCAGACACAGAGUGGGGAGACAGGAGUGAGAGCAAAGGCACAGUUGCACCAUCCCUUCUGUUACAGGUUGGGAAACCACACCCUACACACAGAUUGAUGAUUGACCUGUGUAGGGAGUACUGAAGCCUUUGCAAAUUUUUCUUCACUCUGUACAUGAGACAGUUUGCUUUGGUAAACAUUCUUAAAACUGGAAUUGUGAGACUUUGCUUUUAAUGUUGUCUUGUGUGUGAGUUUCAUGCUGACAAACUUGUGUUUGCUUUCUCUAGGCACCUGUAUCUCUGUGCUGUGGGACAGACAGCAUGGCUGCCACAAUUAGGUUAAUGACAUGGUUUGCAUCUUCAAUGUAAAUCAGGAUUUCAUCAUGCUGAGAUGUUCACAUUCAUCUCUACCUGCACCUGAAUUGCUUUUAAGCACAAAUGAUUCAGUAUAUUUAAACUUCUGUAUGUGAACUUGGCCAUGUCUGUAACAGGUUAACCUGUUGGAAAGCAAUGCCCUUUCCCUCAACAUUAGGCAAAUAAAAGAUUUUAAUACAAACCUGAGGUACCCUGCAUAGAUUUGGGCACGCAAAAUUGUGUGGAGCUUUAGAGCUGUACCUGGCAGUUUUCUGUAGAAAAUGGAGAUGAUAUUGUGACAGGUGAGGUGUUAAAGUUGUGUCUCCUGGAUAACUCCUAUAGCUCCUUGUUCCUGCAGCUGUGUCUUUGAGAUGAUCAUAACCUGAGCCAUUAUAUACCAGUACAGGCUGUUAAAUCUCUGCCUGGCUGGAUAGAUUUUUUUUUUUAAACUAUUUAAGUGAUAAAACAAGGCUUGGCACAUGAAUUUCUAGGAUGCUGUAGUGCAUAAAAUAGAUGUGAUUCCUGCUGUAAGUUUGUGAAAAUGGAGCAAAAUUUAGGAGUAGCAAUCUGAGGCCAAGUAUAUUUGACUGACCUGUUGAUGAAAUGUUGAUCAGGGGAUCUGAUCCUCUGGUGAGCUCUUUCUAGGCUGACUGCAGAGACUUGCUGUGGAGUGUUUGCAUUGUUUGAAGGUUUCUGCUGACCCAGGCCUGCACCUUCUGAACCUCUUCAGAGCCUUUCUUGGCUCAAUGUCAUGGUGCAAUGAGGUCACAGUCACCUGGGCUGUGACAUUUGUUCACAGAAGUUCAAGAAGCUGUAGGAAAACAUUAAGCUUUUCUUCUUAUGGACCAUCAAAUGCUUUCAAGUCAGAGAAAACAAUAUAUAGCAUGCUAAAAAUUGAGUUUACAGUUUUCCCCACUGCAAGCUUGUUUCCACUAUAAUCUACAUCUAUUUCUCCUGUUUUAAUCUAUGAAAAAAACAUCUAGAGGUUUAAUCUGAUUGUGUCAGAGCUGACCUAUAGUGACCUAGGCUCUGUGUUAAUUACUUGCUUUAUGUGUGUUGUUAUUUGUUGUUCUCUUUGAGUAGCAGUAAAACAGAUUUCCCUGCACAUAGACUCCUCCAAAGUCUUUGCUUCCCAGCUAAGAGAACAGGAGUGAUAAUGGUGUCCUGGGAAGGAGGCUUGGAGGGGGCCUUGCUCUACAACAACAAAACCCCUCUGACCACAAUAUCUGGGAAACUAAGCUUAACUUUCAAUAUAUCUUUUAUAGAAUUUACAUUACAGCUCUAUCCUGAAAGUGAGGCAGGAUAACAGAUCAGAUUCCUAGAAUAUAUAUUGUUUUGUGCCCAGCCACAUUUUUACACUUAACUUGUACUGAUUCCUGCCCAAAUGCUUUUGAAAAUGCCAUUGGACAUUUUUUUUUUCCUCCCAAGAAAAGGGAAAUAAAGCCAAUGGACCUUACUACUGUGUAACCAGGCAUUUAUUUGCAAGGGUGAGUGCUGUGUCAGACAGUAACAUUUUCCUUUAAGAGCACUACAGCUGCACUUCUCAGCUUGCUCAGUAACACUGAGCCAAAACUGAAAUUCAUUUUUGCUUCCAUUAAGUGCAUGGCUCUCAAGAGCUGGUGGGAGUUUGAGGUUGUGGUUGUUUUGGGGGUUUUUUUACAGCUAAAGAAGACAGGGGUCUCAAUACAUAUUGUGAGUAAGGAAGCCUUCAGAGAUGAAGGAGUUUCCAUUGUUGUCUCUUUAGAAAAAUAUCUUUGAGAAGAAAACCGAGAAGAGUGAGACUGGCAGCUCAUAAAACAUUACAGAACUUUUACUUCUAUCAGUGCUUAUAGGGUGAGGUGUUCAGGGUUGAAUUUCACUCGUGUUACUGAAUUCAUCCCAACCUGAGCAAUGGAAAUACUGAAUAGCUGGGUUUCACUGGUAGGACUUCAGGCUGAAGCACAGUGUUUUUGCUCAAACUGCAGUGUUUUUUGCUCAAAUGAGGCAUGUACUGUCCUUAACAUCCUACUGGCAUUGACAGAGCAUCACUUGCAAUAUAUAAAAUUUACACACAUAUUGCUGGAACCUUAACUGUUCCACUUUUUGUGGAAUGAAGGAGAAAUGUAAUCUUUAUUCAGUUUCGGUUUUGAAAAAGCUUUUCAUAGCCGAAGGGAAGAAGGUGGUCAUGUUAAAGCAAGAUGUUAGAUUAACUGGAGAUAACAAUUUCAUAAUUCUUCAGACACAUAAGUCAGUGUUUUGUAAAACAUCAGAAGAGCACAGUUCAAGAGCUCUGUUUAAUGUAGUGCUUUUAGCUGUGAAGAAUAAAAAGAAUGAAACCCAAAAUGGAGUUACACUGGAUGCUAAAACAACGACACCCUAAAAUAUCGGAUUAAACAUCCUGAAUUUAUAUAGCAUUAUUUCCAUGUCCUCUGAUGGGCUUAUAAGGAUCUUUGUUGAUGUUUUUAGGGGUACUUUUUAUUCUUGCUAAGUGUUAGACUGAUGCCAGACUGGCCAGUCUGCCACAGUUUGAAAUUCCCAGACUCUUAAUUUGGAAAUGGGGAAUUCUACAGCAGAGUCCCCAGCGUGUGGGAUGCUGCAGUACCCGUCCCCACGCAUUCUGUGGGCUGAUGCAGCUGUUUGAGGCUGGAGGUUGGGAUUUCCUAGCAUAACUUUUUUAAUCACACUCGUGGUGUGAUUCUCAGUCACCUUGAGUACCAAGAGUUAAGUUGUUUUCAUUAACCAGAUUAACUCUUUGGUGCCAGGAAUCAUGAUUGGGAGCAAGUGAUUGGGCAAAUCAUCUUGACAGAUCAUGCCAGACAGCUCACUACUCAGAAGAAUGUAACCAGUGAAGGGUUAAUACAAGACAAAAGCCUAGAUUCUCCUAGACAUGGAGUGCUAGAUAUUGCAAGAGUGUGAGGUUUGAUUUCUGGAACUGGCUGCUUUAGAGAUCUUUCAAAAGUGAAGAUUUUGGGUUGUAGCAUCUGUCUUGUGACUGAGGCCACGUACAAACAUGCUGAAUUAGAGAGUUUUCACCUGUUUUCUCACAGAAUUGACUCCACAUCGUAUCAUAAAAAGAGUCUCAUUUGUAGUGACAUGCUGUGCCUGUCUUCUUAGAAAAUUCAUGACCUCUUUAUAUCUAUUUUGUGGAAAGUGUAACUUUUUUCACUGAUGACCUGUAUAAAUGUGUGUAACGAAUGGAGAGAUUUAAGCUUGAAAAGCAUGUUUGCAGACUACACAGCUUCAUAAUGGAAUUUAUAAAUUUAACAGAGUAAUAUACAAGAGCAUAACUAUUUUCCUUAAGUAGAAUGUAUAACAAUAUAUAAUAAAUUAUUCUCCACAUAGUUCACCCACUAUUUACAGUUUUACACAAUUCAAACUGUGUGUUUACAGAGCGUUCAAUAAAUGUAUAUUUUGUACUAUGUACAGAUUCCUGGUCCCAAAGAAAAUGUGUGAACUUAGUUUCUAACUUAACUUUUGAGAUUGUAUUUUUUUUCCUUGUUUUUCCUUUUUUUUUUUUUUUUUUUUUUUUUGGUUUGGAACCAGUUGAACAAACUGCGUUAUGCCUGUGGAUGGUGGAGGCUUGGAUUGGAGUAAAUGGGAAUUGGAAAUAUUUCUAAUCUACAAAAGUGAUUCCACUAAAUAAAACAGGCAAUGACA